AUGAGGGCCGUCAGUUUUGUUAAAAGACUGCAAUGGGAUUUACCUGGCACAGUAUGCAGACAUGGAUUAACGAUAGGAGAUGUUGAUAAUGACGGUGACAAUGAAUUAGUUGUUGGUACUGCGGAGGGAGAACUUUAUAUUUUCAAAGGAUCAGAGCUAUGGCAAAAAAUACCAGGUUUAGGCCUUGUUACUAGCGUUGCUAUAGGAGAUAUUUUUAAUUAUGGCCGAAACGCGUUAGUCGUAAUUUGCGGGGAUGGAUGGGCGCAUAUCUUUUACGGUCCAAGAUCUGUGAAUCCCAGUACUAUUAACGCAACAUCUACUCAACAGUCAGCUAAGGAAACAACCGAUCAAGAUAACAUUAAGACCGGUCAUCCAGGUAUGGAUACAGCAACAGGUGUUAACAUGACAAAUUCACAGAGUUCGGAUCAAACGGACGGUAAUAGCGAAGCAAACGAGUUGUCUGGUAAAAUGGAAUGUGUCCAUGUACAAAGAAUCCCAACGAAUACAAAAGUAGUACUAGUAGCUGAUGUUGAUAAAGAUGGUGCAAACGAGAUGAUAUUAGGCUUGACCGAUCGCGUAGUUAGGUCUUACAGAUGGUCGAGCAAUUUAGAACUAGGAAGAGGAAAGUUAGUUGGAUUAAAUAAAUGGGAGUGUACCAAUCAAAUAGGAACAGUUACGCUGCAGCAUAUGGCGGAUGGGACGCCAACGUUAUUAGUUGCUCAACCCGGAGGAACGUUUAUGCGAAUAAAAUGUAACCCCAAGGAUUGCCACUUGGAAGACGAAGCUCACAAAACUGACGACGAGUCGGCAGCGAGCUGCGUGGAUUACCAAACAUUGGGAAUAUCGCGCAUGCGCAAUCAGAAUAUUUCAACAGAAAUUAUAGGAGAUCUGGAAUCCACGCUGGAGAAUAAAAUGACUGACGAGUGCAAAGACUUUAAACAGAAUGUUUCGAGCUCGAUUAAGCAGGAUAUAAAUUUGAAAUCUGACUCGCAGGAAUUUACAGGGAAUGCUUCGCAAUUUGAAGCGGAGAAAGAGAAUUUAGAUGCGGCGGAAGAACGCGAGAAAGAAAAAACUUCUAGGAUAGAAAGUUACAAAGUAGGGAAAGUUCCAGAAAAAGCUGAUUGUUCUAACAUAGACGAAGUCGAUGGCAAUUUGUUGGGGGGGAAUUUAAUUCUUGGCGAGUACGAUACGAAAACGGAGAAAGAUUCGUUGUUGCCCACUUAUAAAGAUUUCUGUUGUUCGGAUAGUAGCAAUAAUAAUAAUAUUGAACGUGUAAAAGAGAAAGAUAAAAUUGAAGCUAACACGAACAUGAAAAAUAGUUCGUCUCAAGGAAAGCCUUACGCUCUUGCAACUUUAGACGGGACAAUAAUGUUAGUCAAGGACGAAGUUAUUUUAUGGUCUAUGCAAGUAGAUCGUAUGAUAUUUGCUCUGUGCAGAUUAGACGUAACCGGAGACGGUUCUGAUGAAAUAGUUGCUUGCGCGUGGGAUGGACAGACUUAUAUUUUAGAUCAACAACGAAACAGCGUACGUUUUCAGUUCGAAGAGCCAGUCAGAGCAUUUUGUACAGGCAACUACAACGUUUCUCCAGGAAUUUCAACGCCCUGUCUCGUGUACAAUACUUUCAAUAACAAGAUCUUCCUCUACCACGACGUUACGCUUCCAAGUAUGGUCAUCAAGCCUCUCAUCCUUCUGGAGGAGCUCGAAUCUGAAGAAAAGAAGACUUUAGACGAUCUCUUACAAAAUUGUAGCGAUAUGGAAAGACAACAAAGAAUGCAACAAUUGACAGAAUGGUUGUUAUAUGGAGUAUCUUAAAAAAAAAAAAAUAAUACACACAUAUUCUUGCUUUGUUGUAUUCGA